AUGAUGAUCAUCAUGAUCCACCACAACCUUUUGGACCAAGCUCUCAACGGAUCCAAGAGGAAAAAUUGCAAAGAAAGGGCUCGGAAGAAAAAGCUUGUAUUCGAAGAGAAAAAGGAGCUUCUUCAAUUUUUGCUCUCGGGGGCUCCUGACUUGCACAGAGGUCCUCGGGCUCUCAACGGAAGAAAGAAACAACCAUACGGAACCGGAACCGGAACCGGAACCGGAACCAUAAGGAAUAGAAAUCAGAACUAUGCGGUUCUGUUGCGGCCGGUGUCCAGCAACAAGGGUCUUCGUAUUGUGGAGGUAAAUAAUGUGGUUGGGGGCGGAAAUGGAGCUGUGACGACAUUCGUGAGAUAUUUCUCGAGAAAACGAGCACCCAAUCUGCGGAAAAUCAACCCUAAGGUGCCGCAGCAAGAGGCCGCCGUCAUUGCUGAAUCUCUCUAUCACAUCAUCAAGCAGAACGGCCCUCUAUCCGUCUCCAACACUUGGAACCACGCCAAGGAAGCUGGUAUCAAUGGAUUAAAUAGCAAGACACACAUGAAGCUGAUGCUUAAGUGGAUGACGGGUAGAAGCAUGUUGAAGCAAACUUGUAACCAUGUCGGCUCCAGCAAGAAAUUUGUGCUUUCAACUCUGCCUGAAGAGUCUCAAGUCAACCAACCAAAAAAUUCUGUGGAUAUGGUGCUUAAGUGUGAAAAUCCAACACAAAAGGAGUAA